AUGAGAAAGGAUAUUAAAAACAAGGUCCAUACAGGGCAUAUGGGAAUUAACGCCUGUCUGAGGAGAGCUAGAGACUUAGUUUUUUGGCCUGGUAUGAGUAAAGAGAUUAGACAAUUUGUCGAAACCUGUGACAUAUGUGCGCAACAUGGCUACAACAAACAGCCCAAAGAACCACUAAUUAGUUAUCCUCUAGCCACAAGACCAUGGGAGCGAGUAGCAGUCGAUCUGUUUGUCAUAAAUGAGAGAAAUUACCUUGUUACUGUGGGUUACUUCAGUACCUUUUUUAAAUUUGAUUACUUAACAGACACAUCUUCAUCGACUGUUAUCACCAAAUUGAAACACCACUUCGUGCGUCAUGGAAUUCCAGAUCAGGUGGUCAGCGAUGGAGGACCACAGUUCUCAUCGAACAACUUCAAAGCUUUUAGCACAGCAUGGGGAUUCCAGCAUAUCUUGUCUAGUCCAGGUAACAGUCAAUCCAAUGGGGCAGCAGAGGCUGCUGUCAAAGUAGCUAAACGCCUUAUGAAGAAAUGCGCCAGUGCUGGUGAAGAUCCAUACAUGGGAUUAUUGAACAUCAGAAAUACACAAACGGAGAGUAUGACGACAACACCCACCGAGAGAUUAAUGGGAAGAAAACCAAAGACCAUACUUCCAACAAAACAAAACUCUCACACCAAUGUACGAAAUCAACGACGACAUUGA